AUGAAAAUGACAAUCCGAACCACUCUGUUGAUAAUAUCACUAUGGGCAAUACAAGCACAUGGCAUUAGGCAACUCCCACAGAGAACGGCCUCGAUCUCAUACAAUGAAACAUCAACGAGUUCCGAAGCAGCUACCGCCACUCUUGAAGCCAAUCUCGAAUGCUGUUAUCUCUCGUCAUUUCAAGUCGGCCAAGUUCUAUGGUAUUCUGAAAGCAUCAAUAUUACUGUAGCCACUGUCUCUACCAUCGUAUACAAAUACGACGACACAGCCAUCACGAGUAUUCAGACCAUUCCUACAAACUUUACAGCCCCAUCGAAACCCAUAACGAGAUCGUCCAUUAAUGGUCUUCCUACAACCAUAAUUGGGACUGAUUUGGGGGGUUACGGAGCCGAGACAACCUUCAUUCACGGUACCGCUUUCACCGAUCCUUAUGGAACAGUCUAUGAAUCGCCAACACCUGUUUGGCAUGGUUCAUACGCAUGCCCUCGCCCGAGAGACAUCAAAAGCUCAUCCGGUGAUGAAAUAUCUCCUUAUCCAUCCGGGUUCUUUCUUGCCGAUGAAGAUACAGAUCACGGUUGGAACUCACCGGGAGCUUUUUCAACAACAUUGCCAACACAAUUGCGUGAUUGGAUGGUCAAUUAUGCCGCAUCAGAUAAAUCAGACUCCCUAACAAACCUUGAGAAUUGUAAAUUGGGUGCUGGACGAGGUGUUCCUACCGCCUUUGUCCCCUAUAAUGAAAUCACGGCUACUACCACCACCACAUCAAUAAUGAAUGCGAACUAUGGUACCGAAAUUGUUGCUGGUUCAACCAGCGAGACAGCUGAAUCAUCAAUACCCGCAUCAUCUACAAUAUCGUCCACUACUUCGACUCACACUACAACCUCAUAUUUCACUCGAUCAAUCACUAAAACCUCCACUACUACAAGUACCAAAUCGGCAAUAUUAUCAAGCAUCCAAACAACAAUUUCGGCAGUGAACGCAGCCGUCAUAAACACAAUUACCUCGACGCCAGUCGAAACACCCUCUUCCGUUUCCAAGGCAUCAAGCACUACAUCUACAACCUCCCUCUAUAUAACGGCGGGUGAUGAAACAAUGGUGCAAAACGAGACGAUGGCAGGAAGUGCAACCACAUCUGCGAUCAGUGGAGGAGGAUUAGGAAAAAUCGUGGUGGUUAUGGAUUGGGCUAGUACAAGUACUUCAGAGGGUGUCUUGGGGGCGCAGACUGGAACAACAACGAUACCAGCGUUGGCUGAUAGUACAGUUGCGGGAGUAGUGCAGAGUUCGAAGACGUCUGAGGGAAUUCCAGGGAAGAAGACUGAUAUUGUGUGGUUGGGUAGUGCGAUUUUGGCGGUUUGGUUGGGGGCUCUGGGUUUGUAA